GUGGCGGUAAACACCGGAAGGAGCAUCAGCAGCAGCACUUCCGUAUAGUUUGUUUUGGUCUGUUGUCCUGACAGCAGCGGCUAGCUUAUAUCCAGAUGAACAUGUCGGCUGCUGAAGAUGAUACCGAGCUGCGGGACCUGCUGAUCCAGAACCUGGAGAACAGCGGAGUUCUCAACAAGCUGAAGGCGGAAAUGAGGGCAGCUGUUUUUCUGGCCAUGGAGGACCAGGACAGACUGGAGAACAAAACUCCCCUCAUCAAUGAAAACCUGAAGAAAUGCCUCCACACUAAAGACGGACACCUGGUGGCCAGUCUCAUCAUGGACUUCCUGCAGGUGUUCAACCUGGACUUCAGCCUCUCCGUGUUCCAGCCGGAGAUCAAUUCGCUGAACGGUCUGGACAGCCGGGACCUGGUCUGCAGGGAGCUGGGCGUGUCCGAUGCGGAGCUGAACCAGAACGCCCCGGUUCUGCUGGAGCUGGUCCGGAGGGCCCGGUGGAGCGGCGGCCUGUCCCUCUGCUCUGAGGUGAGACCCGGUUCCGACCCGGUCCAGGUUCUGAUCCGACCCGAUGGACACGUCGUCAAGGAUCUCUCUCAGAAACAGAUCAGUCACGCUCGGAAGACGUUUGACUCUCACGAUAAGGAUCAGAGUGGAUCAGUCAGGAAGGAAGACCUGAAGUUUGUCUUCACAGAUCUGCUGCCCGGCCUCAACAAGAGCAUGCUGGAGAGGUUCGUCGACGAAGAGCUCCGAGCUGCAGACAAAGAGGUCGACUUCCAGGCCUUCCUGUCAACAUACAAACGUCUCUUCGAUCAGUGCAGGAGUGUGGUCGUUUCGGACUCAGAGGAGAGUCGACAUCAGACCCAGACUGCUGAAGACAAAUCGGGUUCUCUGCCUGUCAGUAAGAUCCCCAGAUUCAAAGCUCAGAGGAGCCAGACAGCAGCGAAGGACUUGGAGCAGGUCCUCUCCCUGCCCAAACGGUACCUGCAGCAGCAGCCGUCAGCUGGGAGCGCGGAGCAUCUGGACCUGGAGCUGGACGGAGAAGUGGACCAUGAUGAAGGAGACUCCUUCUUCGACGACCCGCUGCCCAAACCGUUCAAGACUUACGGCUGCUCUCCGAUCGGAGAAAAGGACUCAUCAGAGAAGACAAACAGCCCCAAGGACGUUGUCCCGCUGAGGGAGGAGAGUCUGUCUGGGCCGCCCGUCUCCCUGAUGAGACGAGGCCGAAGCCUCAGCGACCUCUCGGUUCUGGCUGCAGACCCAGAACCCGAGCGAGGCGAACCCGUCUCGGAUCUCGGCUCAGAGCUCAGGAAGCCAGAGGCGUCCGGUACCAGAGGGAGUCCGGCGGGAAGCAUCGGGUCGGAACCGGGCCACAGCAGGAACGGAGAGAAAGACUUCAAAGAGAAAUAUUUUAAGUCUCCGAGCGACAGAACCGGGUCUCUGCAUUUGGACGAAGACGUGGAAUACGACGACGACUUCAACAGCCAUCGGUCGGACCUUUCCAACGGCGAGCUGAGCAUCGGCGAGGAGAUCGAGGAGGUUUCCAUCGAGGGUCCGGAGACGAGCGACAAGCUUGACGAAACCACGCAGGACCUGAGCGUCUCUCAGAUCAGUCAGAGUCACGGAGCCGACUACAUGGAGGACGUGUCCUGAAGCUCCCAUCAUGCACCUCUUCCCCUCUGGAUAUUUAAAUCUGUACAGUUUGAUUAAAGCAAUAAAAGGUUUUGUUUUACUGGAUUCACCUGGAUG